AUGCCCCGCCACGGAGUGUCACCCUGCCAGAAUCACCCCGGGUCCGUCCGCUCGGGGACUCCCCGACUCCUGUGGGUGAGCCUGGGACUGGCGCUGGCGGUGGCUCUGCCUGACUCCCUUGUGCUCUGGGCCCCGGCAGCGGCCCACCCUCUGCCUGCCCAAGGCCAUCCUGCCAGUUUCAGUCCUACAGUGCCCCAGCUCCGGGAUGCUUUUGGGUGGUGGAACCUCACCUGUCCAGUCUGCAAAGUCCUCUUCACCGCCAUCAACUACGGUCUGAAGAAGGAGCCCAACGUAGCCCGGGUGGGCUCCGUGGCCAUCAAGCUGUGCAAUCUGCUGAAGAUAGCACCGCCUCCUGUGUGCCAGUCGGCUGUCCAUCUCUUUGAGGAUGACAUGGUGGAGGUGUGGACACGCUCAGUACUGAGCCCAUCUGAAGCCUGUGGCCUGCUUCUGGGCUCCACCUGUGGGCAGUGGGACAUCUUCUCAUCUUGGAAUGUCUCUUUAUCAGCCGUGCCGAAGCCACCUCCCAAGCCGCCCAGCCCCCCAGCCCCAGGCGCCCCUGUCAGCCGUGUCCUCUUCCUUACUGACCUGCACUGGGAUCAUGACUACCUGGAGGGCACAGAUCCUAACUGUGCUGACCCACUGUGCUGCCGCCGGGGCUCUGGCCCACCACCAGCCUCCCAACCAGGUGCUGGAUACUGGGGCGAGUACAGCAAGUGUGACCUGCCCCUACGGACCCUGGAAAGCCUGUUGAGUGGGCUGGGCCCAGCUGGCCCUUUUGAUAUGGUGUACUGGACAGGAGACAUCCCUGCCCAUGACAUCUGGCACCAAUCUCGAAAGGACCAGCUGCGGGCCCUGAACACUGUCACAGCCCUUGUGAGAAAGUUCUUGGGGCCAGUGCCAGUGUAUCCAGCUGUGGGAAACCACGAGAGCACACCCGUCAACAGCUUUCCUCCCCCCUUCAUCGAGGGCAACUAUUCCUCCCGCUGGCUCUAUGAGGCGAUGGCCAAAGCCUGGGAACCCUGGCUGCCUGCUGAAGCCCUUGCCUCCCUCAGAACCGGGGGGUUCUAUGCCCUUUCGCCACGCCCUGGCCUCCGCCUCAUCUCUCUCAACAUGAAUUUUUGUUCCCGUGAGAACUUCUGGCUCUUGAUCAACUCCACAGAUCCCGGCGGACAGCUCCAGUGGCUAGUGGCGGAGCUUCAGGCUGCUGAGGACCGAGGAGACAAAGUGCAUAUAAUUGGCCACAUUCCCCCGGGACACUGCCUGAAGAGUUGGAGCUGGAAUUAUUACCGAAUUGUAGCCAGGUAUGAGAACACUUUGGCUGGUCAGUUCUUUGGCCACACUCAUGUGGAUGAAUUUGAGGUCUUCUAUGAUGAAGAUACUCUGAGCCGGCCACUGGCUGUAGCCUUCCUGGCGCCCAGUGCCACCACCUACAUCGGCCUGAAUCCUGUCAGCCCCUCCUUCCUCACAGGUUACCGCGUGUACCAAAUAGAUGGAAACUACUCCGGGAGCUCUCACGUGGUCCUGGACCACGAGACCUACAUCCUGAAUCUGACAAAGGCCAACGUGCCAGGAGCCACGCCGCACUGGCAGCGCCUCUAUAGGGCUCGAGAAACCUACGGGCUGCCCAACGUACUGCCUGCCGCCUGGCACGACCUGGUAUAUCGCAUGCGGAGCGACACGCGACUCUUCCAGACCUUCUGGUUUCUCUACCAUAAGGGCCACCCGCCCUCGGAGCCCUGCGGCGCGCCCUGCCGCCUGGCCACGCUGUGCGCCCAGCUCUCUGCCCGCGCCGACAGCCCUGCUCUGUGCCGCCAUCUAGUGCCAGAUGAGAACCUCCCGACUGUCCAGAGCCUGUGGCCAAGGCCGUUGUUAUGCUAGGGCCCCAGGGACCAGAGUUGGGAAAAUUCUUGAUUAAGAAAUGGACAGAAAGCCCACAGCACUGCUGUGAUUCCACCUGGCAAGAUUGUCCAGAGGAAGCCCAUCCCUGGGCCCCAAGUACACAAGGAAAACAGGACCUUCUCCUUUCCUGGAGCUGGUUUAGCUGGAUAUGGGCUGGGGUGUGACUGCCCUGCUGCUCUGCGUGUGCCCAGCAUCUAGACUGCCCUGGGGCUGCUGUCCUUUCAUGGCCAUGGAGCUGAGGCCUAAAGUGACACUGCACUGGGCAGACCAGACAGGAGCUGUUGCCCCAGGUUCGUGCUGCCCAGCGGGGAACCCUGGAUUGCUGCUACUAAAAUAAAGAUGCGAGACUUGGACUCCAGA